GGCGUGAGCGGUGGCAACAGUAGCUAGCAGGUAGGGAACUCAGCAAAGGCAAGGUGAGACCGAAGAUAAUCCCGGGGAAGAAUGGAUAUUAUCCAGGUCGACUGAUUGAUCGGUGUUCACCUUUUCAGGGAAGGAAGAUGUCCAGUAUGAGCCAGCACUAUGGGUUCCAGUCAGCCACCAUGGUGCAGUCUGCCAAUGGCGGUCAUGCCUAUCUGUUUGGAAACAAUGGCUCAGAGAACGACCUGUCCGAGGAGGAUGGGGAGAGCUAUGAGCUGCGGCCACGUGGCAGAGAGAGGCUGCGGAGGAGCACCUCCAGAGAGAGGCUGGACGAUAUUGUCUACCUGACCAGAGAUAUCCAGGAGGGUGACACCCUGAACAGCAUUGCCCUGCAGUACCAUUGCACAGUGGCUGAUUUAAAGCGUGCCAACAACCUCUUGACAGAGCAGGACUUCUUUGCCUUGCGGUCAGUCAAGAUUCCUGUGAGGCGCUUUAGUGUCCUCACCGAGACUCACAGCACCGGACCUCUCAAAUCAGCCUCCCCCUCAGGUGCUAGGCGCCUUCCCCAUAUUUCACCUGUUACCUCCCUCCCCUCCGAGUCCUCCACAGACUCUUCCUCUUCCUCUUCCACCGACAGUGUGGAGGGAUUCCUCCUGGAGAAGGACAAGGACAUUGAGCGGCUGGUGAAAUCAACAGGUCCAUCGCGGAACAGCUUAAACGAGGUUGUGUCCUCCUUGACGCUACAGCAACAGCAGCCACUGCUUGGAGAAAUGGAGUACAAACCAGUACAGAGAAAGGACCCUUAUUACGGGGCAGACUGGGGCAUGAGAUGGUGGACGGCUGUGGCCAUCAUGCUGGUUGUGGGCAUUGUCACACCUGUGUUUUAUCUGCUGUACUAUGAGGUUCUCAUGAAAACUGACGGCAGCCAUCACGGCGUACCUACCGAUGCUCAUGGCCUCAUCGAUCAUGGACAUACCCAUGACAACCAUGCUGUCGGAGAACACAACCAUGUAGGGGAUGGACACGGACAACAUAUUGGAAAUGUGGUUAAUGGAGAUUCACAGGGACACGGUGCGGACAAAGCAGGAGACGGAGAACACGGAGGGCAUGAGAAAACAUAACAAGGGAUUUUGAACUUUACAUACAAAUUUAUUGCUAACUCAGAGACCUAAUAAAACUGGGCAGAUGUUCCCAUCGUUGAGUAGUUUUUUAUAGACUUAAUACAUCAAUGCAAUCUGUCUGACAGGACCGUCUGUGGUGGGAACAGUCAUUUAUUUACGGUUGAGAGACUCAGAAUAAGUCUUUCCCUGUGUCUGUCCAUUUACAGUUAUGUACAUUUCAACAAAGAGUAAAUUGGCUGGAAACAACAAAUGUUAUGCUGGGCUUAACUUUUCCUAAAUGAUGGAUACGUGUUAGAGUUAUUAUCAUCAGUGUAGCCAAUAUAAUUGAGAUGAUGUUUUUGUUAUCAUGCUGCUGCAUUCUCAGUAAGCCACACACAAACUGUAUCCAGUAUGUUAAAAUACAAACUGAGACAGACGACAACACACUUAUCUAUUUCUGUUUAUUCAUUGAUGGUAGAGAUUAAUUGUGUGGAUUUGGUUUUAAAGCAGGUUUUACUCAGUUUGGACCAACUGCAUUUUUGCGUAUUUUCCACACUAUUUGUUGGAAAAGUAUGAUUAAUGCCAUUGAGUUUAAUAUAGAAUUAAUUUAUUUUAAGACUAUUGAGGAAUAGCCUUUACUUACACUAUCAGUAUUGGGAAUCUUUUUUCUUUCCUUUAGCUUGCUUAGAGAGACCUGCAUUAU